UUACACAUAUACGCACAAAACUUUCUGGGAGACUUCCUUCCCCCAGUUCUUACUUACUUCAUCUCCCAGCAGGGCUGCCUGCUGGACCUGGUGAUCCCGCUUCCGUACGAAGGGAGAGAGCCUCCACCUACCCUGCUCUCCUUCCUUCCCUCCCCAGUCCCUCACUCCCUCUCUUCCCCUCAGGCUGGCAGGAUUCCUCGGGCAGAGCAUGCAAUCAGUUUGCAGGGAGCAGCCGCAGCCACARCAAAGAUGCAGAAGCACAACCAGAAGGAGCACCUCUACAAGCUGCUGGUGAUCGGGGACCUGGGAGUGGGCAAAACCAGCAUCAUCAAGCGUUAUGUCCACCAGAACUUCUCCCCCCACUACCGGGCCACCAUCGGGGUGGACUUUGCUCUGAAGGUGCUCAACUGGGAUGCUGAGACUGUGGUACGGCUGCAGCUCUGGGAUAUUGCGGGACAGGAAAGAUUUGGAAACAUGACCAGGGUGUAUUACAGAGAGGCUAUGGGGGCGUUUAUUGUCUUUGAUGUUACAAGACCUGCAACAUUYGAAGCCGUGACAAAAUGGAAAGAGGAUUUGGACUCUAAGCUGGUUCUUCCAAAUGGCAAACCUGUGCCCACAGUCCUAUUAGCAAACAAAUGUGACCAGGGAAUAGAUGUUCUUAUGAACAACGGCAUCAAGAUGGAUCAGUUCUGCAAAGAGAACGGGUUCGUGGGCUGGUUUGAAACAUCAGCCAAGGAAAAUAUAAACAUCAAUGAAGCUUCCAGAUGCUUGGUGAAACACAUAAUUGCUAGCGAGAGUGAUCCAGUUCAGUUUAUUGAACCAGAUAUUGUAAAGCCACACUUGAAUUCCUCCAAGAUUGUCAGUUGUUCAGCUUGUUUUAAAUCCUAAGAGACUUCCAGACUAUUACAAGAGCUGAACAACUAUGAUUCACAAUUUAUAUUUUAUUCAAYGAAUCCAGCCUGCCCACAUUGUCCCUAAGCAGAUUGCCAAUUUCUCAGAAAUGUAUUUAAAUUUUUCCUUUUUUGUUUUUCUGCUAAAAUUUAUUAUAAGCUGUUCAUUGAUAGCAAAUAUUCAAAACUCUUUUAGGCUACUGGUCAAAUAUGACUCAUGGUGACUGCUGUGUUUUCCUAUUURGGUAGCACCAUUGAUAUCAAAGCCUAUUUCUUUGCCAUGUGGUUUCUGAAAAUUCCUAUUUGUGAUGUGACUGCAGUAGCACCCUACUUGUCUAAUGAUAUUUUCUUUUUCAUUUUCUCAAUACCUUGACCAGGCAAAUGUCAUCAUUGCACUCUUUGUCACCCCUCAGACUUGAACAAUCUUGUUUCAUAUGUGGAAGAUGAUGAUGAUAAUGAAAAUUYAGCUGUUCAGAGACACCACGAAUGCUCACAGUUAAAUCUUCUCAUUGCAAGUUCAGUCUCCCAGAUGGAGUGACAGAACUGAAUGUGAAGAAACAUUUCACAUCAUACAUUCUCCAGCAGAUCUGAGCUCCUGAGACUGAUGAAGUUCCAGCUCCCUCUUCCUGAGGACUUACAUUCUCAUAGUUGAUGGCAUUCUCUUAGAUUGAGCAAAAUGGAACAAGUCAAGUGUGAGGGGUGACAAAACAGGUGAUGAGAGGUACAGUCUCACAGGUGAAGCAGCUCAGGGUUUUCAGAAAGGUUAUCUGUUCUAUAAAGCCAGCAUUUCUUCUGACAAGUCCACAUUGAUUUUCUUUCCCUGACUCUCAUCCCUCAUGCCACAGAUAUCCCUGUGUGUUUAAACUGCAUGUUAUGUAAGUCCUUACAUUCAUCCCUUCAUUAUGUUUAUGCUCAUGGUAAAAUUACUAUUAACACUGCAACAUAACAGCAGAACUUCUCCGAAAUCCAUCUGUAUUGAAUAGAAGGGUAUUUGCUUUCUGAAAACAUUUUUCUAAAAUGUAUAUGAAUGAUCACAGGAAGCAAGCAAAAUGAAACAGUCCUAAAAGACAUUUCUGGAAGUCGUGAAGAAUUUAUUGAGCUGUAUGUACUGUGGAAAUGAAAUGGUUGAUUUUCCGCAUCUCACAAAAAAUGCAGAUUGGUGGAGUCGUUCAGAAAAGUGUGUCUAGAAAAGAAGUCUGAACAUCUGUCUGCAAGCCCCUUCAAACAAACUUUGCCUCUAUCCUGCCACAAAUAAAUCACUUGCACUUUCUGUUCUUACUCAGACUUUUCCUUCCUAAACUAUGAACUCUCAGUUGCAAGAGCUGUCUUCAGAGAUGGGUUCUUUUUCUUAGAGAGGUGUAGCACCAUGGGAGGGAGGAGACAUCUGCCUUGUUUGCAGAUGUCACUGCAAUACUUCACUGAACACGUAGUUGGAAACGAAGGAGUGAAAAUCUCAAAAUCUAGUAAAUACCUGCUGCAUAAGAAAAAUGAAAAAUAAAAAGUCCUCAAGCUGACCUUAUACUGUGAGACCUAUGAGGUUCAUGUGCCUGUAAAAUUCAUCCUGCUUGGCAAUGUAAGGUUUAUGUUUGGAUUCAGUUUUAAAGUUCUUUUCCAACCUAAAUGAUGCUAUSACUUUGUGCCUCUAUCACUAAAUGCUCUGUUACAAUAUUGGCACUGCAGACAAGCCUGGAGAGACAGGGGGAGAGACAUAGCUCUUUGUGUGCUGUUCCUAAAGCCUUCUGUUUUUGUCACAGGAUUGUGGAAUAAGAAAGCGAGAUCUCUAGUUUUAAAAAUUAACAUGCACAUCCAGAAUUAAUCUGCACAGAUGUAGAUGUAUGGAUACAUAUAUAUAGAUAAUGAGCUGCCUUUUUUGAGAGCAGUUUUCAAGUUGUCUUGAUUGCUGUGUUAUCCUUUAAUACCUGUGUUGAAAAUCGUUUAACUCCUGCUGUGACCUGGGUCAAACACCUAAAGCUUCCUGCCUCRGUUUCCUCAUCUGUAAAACAGGGAUCUAUGUACAUACCUACCUCACAGCACUCCCUGUUGGCAAGUCACUGUUGGCUCUGUGCUUUGGAGAUACAUGUUCUACAAAUGCCAAGCUCUGUCACUGCUCAGAAUGAAAUGUGAGUGCCCUCUAGCAUAAAUACAUGGUGCUGUAAUACCUUGGGUGUUUAUAAAUCUAUCGAAGGCUUGCCUGGGCUGCAACAAUUAGCUUUGAUUAUUCCAUCUCAGUUAACCUGGUCAAGGUUAGAAAGCACUGUGUGACUUCAUGGGAUGCUCAGAUUGGCUGCAGAUGGUUUGCAAAUGGAAGCUGUGGCUGCACAGUUGUCAUGGUACUAGUUURGUAAUCUCAGCAACAAAGCUGCAAUUCAGAACUAGUGCCACAUCAGUUAUUUCAAAUUUAAAGCAUUAUUUAAGUGAAGUCAURUGCCUUAUUAAGGAUAACAAUUCAUAUCCUGAGCCAACACUGYGGGGAACACAAGCAACUAGGUAUUCAGAUAGCCUCUAAAAGGCUAAUUUUUCAUAAGUCGAACCCCAUACUUUAUUUAUAAAUUUGCAGGUCUCAGGUGAAGCAGAGAAAGUUGCCAUUUCAUCCAAAAAUUAUUUUGUGCUCAACUCACAACAAACAGAAAUUUCUUAUGUGUUUUACUUAUCCUCAUMUCACCUCUAUUUGGUAGCUUCCAACAAUAUUCACCAAGCAUAACAGUAAAUUCCAUGAGACUGAAACCUAUGGCUAAAGAUCUGGUUUAACCAUAAUUAAAACAACCCUGCAUAAAUAAAACACUUCAAUGACAUAUAGACAUUUCUUUUCUUCUYUUCUGUACUACAUAAACCUGCUUUAAAGUACAGACUCAUAAACUGUUCACCUUGUUUCUGUUGUCUCAGGUUUUUCUGCAGUCAYUGUUCUUGGGCAGAUUUUCCACCUCUGGUACAUGGUGGACAGGAUGUGGCCAAUUGUUAAACUAAGGACUACACAACACAGAAGUUCUAAAGUCAUACGUAUUUACAACAUAAGAAUUAGAACAGUAUCACGAACAAUCAGACCUCCUUAGGAGGUUACAUAACUAUAUAUGUUCAUUUUUAUUUGAACUCAAGUGAUAAAAAUCUCUCAAGUUUUUUCUAUAACACAAUAAAUGUGUGAAUGCAACCUGGAUAUAUAACAGAAUCUUUUUAGAGAAGGUUAUUGUAGGCAAGCCAGAAUAAAAGCUUUAAUUUAGAAUUAAUGAGCUCAGUUUGUGCCAAUACCCUUUCAGGAAAAAAAAAAUGUAAAAUUUAAUUUUACUGUGUCAGUCCCAAGCAGAAUGAAUUUCUUUUGGUUUUCUUGAUACAGUCUGUGCUAUGUUCUCUUUGCUGGUCACCAGGGACCAGGCAUCUUAAUCACAUGUCCAUUCCAAAAUUAAACAUUUUCACUUUCUGUUUGCUAUAAGUAAUGAAAGAUGGGGGGUUUUUUUGCCUUGCAAAUGGGCGAAGGCACUGCAAAGAUUACAGUUCUCCAAAUAUACCCCUCUGGGUAUSCCAGAACCUCAAAGCACAUGUUGAUGAGCAAGUGAGGUGCUGGACAUGAGAUAUCAGCCCAAACCACUCA